CUGUGCAGAAAGAGAUUUUUUGGAGAAAUUUAAAGAAGAGUUGGAGAAAAUACAAAUGGAACUUACAAUGACAGAUGACAAAUGCCACAACAGACACAAGAAGACACUGAAGAGGAUUCCAUGUUGGGUACUACAGGUUUUACCAUUUUGUGAACUUCUCUGUUUAAAAGAAAGAACAUUAUUUGAAGCACUUCUAUAUGUGGACUCUCCAUGAUGACUUACAUAAGAAUGCUAAGGCGCUUCAUAAUGAAACAGUUUUCCCAGAAGAAACUUUGGAAGUUUACCUUCAUUAUUUUUGUCUUCUUAAUAUUUUUGGUUUUGUUACAACGAGAAGUAGGUGUUCAAGAAUUUAAUGAAGAACCAGGAAUGCCAUCUCAUGAUGAAAAGAAAACUGUAUUAGAUCUAGUGUUAAACGCUGUGAACAACAUUAAAGCUGCAAAACCAAAAAUGCAAAUUAAAGCACCUAUUAGGCAGACUCAGAAUGCUGGACAGAAGCACUGUUUACCAGGAUAUUAUACAGCUGCUGAACUGACUCCUUACCUUGACCGUCCCCCUCAAGAUCCUAAUAUGCCAGGGGCUUCUGGUAAAGCAUUCAGAAUGACCAGUUUAAGCCCAGAGGAACAGCAGGAGAAAGAGCAUGGUGAAGAAAAGCACUGUUUUAAUGCAUUUGCAAGUGACAGGAUUUCUUUACAUCGAGAUCUAGGACCAGACACACGACCUCCUGAAUGUAUUGAGCAGAAGUUUAAACGCUGCCCUCCAUUGCCUACUACAAGUGUUAUCAUAGUAUUUCACAAUGAAGCAUGGUCAACUCUUCUGAGAACAGUUUUUAGUGUGAUGUAUACUUCCCCUGCAAUAUUAUUGAAGGAAAUAAUUUUGGUGGAUGAUGCCAGUGUAGACGACUACUUGCAGGAUAAACUAGAUGAUUAUGUGAAACAAUUCCAAAUAGUUAAAGUUGUCCGACAAAAGGAAAGAAAGGGGCUUAUCACUGCUCGGUUGUUAGGUGCUUCAGUAGCUACCGGGGAAACCCUCACUUUUUUGGAUGCACACUGUGAAUGUUUUUAUGGAUGGCUAGAGCCUUUACUAGCCAGAAUAGCUGAAAAUUAUACUUGUGUUGUAAGCCCUGAUAUUUCUUCUAUUGAUCUCAAUACUUUUGAGUUUAAUAAACCUUCUCCUUAUGGUCAAAACCAUAACAGAGGGAAUUUUGACUGGAGUUUAUCCUUUGGCUGGGAAUCUCUUCCUGAACAUGAAAACAAAAGGAGGAAAGAUGAAACCUAUCCUAUUAAAUCACCAACUUUUGCAGGAGGUCUUUUUUCAAUUUCAAAGGACUAUUUUUAUAGAAUUGGAAGCUAUGAUGAAGAAAUGGAAAUAUGGGGAGGAGAAAACAUAGAAAUGUCUUUCCGAGUGUGGCAGUGUGGGGGGCAGUUGGAAAUUAUACCUUGCUCAGUUGUUGGCCAUGUGUUUCGAAGCAAGAGCCCCCAUACCUUUCCGAAAGGGACUCAAGUGAUUACACGUAAUCAAGUUCGCCUUGCAGAAGUUUGGAUGGAUGAAUAUAAAUAUAUAUUUUACCGGAGAAACACAGAAGCAACAAAAAUUGUUAAACAAAAAACAUUUGGUAAUCUCUCAAAAAGACACGAAUUAAGACAACAAUUACAAUGUAAAAAUUUUACCUGGUACCUAAGCAAUGUUUUCCCUGAGGCAUAUGUACCAGACUUGAAUCCUACAUUAUAUGGAUUUCUAAAAAAUGUUGGAAGAAGAGCAUGUCUGGAUGCUGGAGAAAAUAAUUUAGGCGGCAAACCAUUAAUUAUGUAUACUUGUCAUGGGCUUGGAGGAAACCAGUAUUUUGAGUACACUGCAUACCAUGAAAUUAGACACAAUAUCCAGAAGGAGCUAUGCCUACAUGGUUCUCAAGGAGUAGUACAACUUCAUGAGUGUGGUUUCAAAGGAAAGAAGAGCAGGACUCCUGCAGAAGAGAAAUGGGAGAUCCGAAAGGACCAGUUGCUGUACAAUGCAGCAUCCAAUAUGUGCCUUACGGGAAACAGAGAACAUCCAAGUUUGGUAUCAUGUAAUCCCUCAGACUUAUUCCAGAAAUGGAUUUUUGGCCGUAACAAUUAAGUCCUGCUUGUGAUAAUUAAACCAGCAAAUUAGAAUUUCAGCAACUCUUCCAAGAUUUUACUGAUUUACUGAUUUAACUUAUGCUGCAUUGAUUAAAUUAUAAAAUGUUUCUAAGGGUGUUUUUUUUUUUUUUGGCUGGCAUAAAUCUGAAGAACACUAGUUUCUCAACUGUUUAAUAUGUUUACAAAAUACUGGAAACUGCAUUUUCAGUAUACAUUUUAAUGAAAUAUCUAUCUCAAGAUGUAAUUUCUUAUGUUUUGAUGAUCAAUGUGUCUGUCGUAUAUUUUACAUGGCAAAAGCCACGCACACAUACUUUGUUAGUAACUGAAGAAAACUGUCAAUGAAGGUUAAAAGAUUUUUUUAUGUAGUAAUAGACAAAGAGUGCCUUAUAGAUGCUGUUUAUAAUUUUAAAUUGUGAUUAUUUCCUUUAACUUUUCCUGUUGACUGCUUUAACUUUUUAAGCAUGUCUAUAAUCUGAUGUAUUUUCAGUUCGUCUGAAAAGAUUAAGUUAUUUUGGGAUGUGAGAAUGAAACAAGCUCUGGGCUUCUCUGUUGCCGUUUCACUGUGUUCUUGUUCAGUAUGUUUGUAAGGGUUCGGUUCAUCUCUUUAAGAUUCCAAAACUGAUUAUAAAAGGCUUAUAUAGCUGAAGAAAAAGCGUCCAUCGCUUCUUUUGAAAUUAUACAGUACCAGUUUGAUAAUUAUAGUGUCCUUUUUGUAUUAUAUACAGAUUAAGUUUCUGUAUUUGCAGUUCCUAUUCCUGCCUCUUAAAUCGUCCUGUCAUGUACUGAAUCAAAUAGGAACCUUAUAUAAUAAAGACCUAAUAUAGAGCAUUGCAAGUCAAAUAGUGUCUUUCAUCAGAAGUGUGGAGCACUUUUUACUUUAAUUUAGCAUGCACAAUGUACAGUUAUUUUAACACGCAAGGUAUUAUAGCUAAAUAUGAGGUGACAUAUACAGCUGUUCAAUUUUUCUGAUUUAUAUAUUGUGAGGGGUCAAAUUGCUGAGGAAAGCUGUCAUUAAAACAAGCUGUAGCAAAAUAAGAAAUCGCUUGCUUGUGAAAGAUACCAAAAGUGUAUUUUGAUAAGGACAAGGAUAAACUUUAAUUUUGCCCCAUCCCAAUUAUAAAAGAGAAGGAGCUCCUUAAGGAGCACCUUUCCUGAGCACUGCAACUAUAUGUCUGCCAUCAUGGACAGAUAGAUUCCCGUGUGGUGUUCCACAUGCACGUGCUGUCAAGGCCAGCAGUGGAACACGUAGUUUGGAAAAUAUGGAUUCACUUCUUUGAGCCCCACAUUCUAUUCUGAAGUUUAUGGAACAGAUGUGAGGAGCACAGGGGUUGAAAAGUCAGAAAUUCCCAUUGUCUUAGUAGUUGUUUAUGGUGAGUCACAGAUGCUUGCUAUGGAAAUGAAAUUAGCUGCCACCAGAUUUACGGUUGGUCAUUGCCAACCCUUGUUUGUGUGAAAAUAGAUUAUGUGUUCAAAUCCCAGCCAAAACACUAUUAUAAUAUUUGCAGUUUCAAAAGGUAAAAAGAUUAACUAUUGUUUAAAUUCACAUAGAUACAUGGUAUAUUUAAACCAAAAAGUGGCUAUUACAGUGACUUCAAACUCUGCACGUACAAUAAAGUUUACUGUUGAGAUGUAGUUUGCAUAAAGUUUUGCAAGUGUGCCAGAUAUGUAGAUGAGAGCACUGUUCUUAUUUAAAAGUGUGUUUUAUGGUUUUCUAUUUAUAUAGCUUCCCUUCUUAUUUGUUGCAGUGUUUAAAACAGAAAGUUAACUACUGUUUUCUCUUCCACAUUUGAGUUUCCUCAAUUUUUCAACCAAAACCAUAAACUGAGGCUAUCAUUAUGCCUUCGUAGUAAUUCAUUGUAGCAUUUUUAUCACAAGAACCAGCACAGGAUAGUUCUUCCGCUCCUGCCUUCUGAGUGGUCUUGCAUCUGUCUAAAUGUGACAAAUUUUAGCUCCAGGUUAGGGUGUUAAUCUUUUUUUGUACUCCUAGAAGUUUUCAUCUAUGUGUAAUAUAUUGUGCUUCUUUAAUUCUCUUUUAUAACAAUAAUUAAAACAAUUUUGAUG